AUGGAAGAUGUGUUAUUUUCCCGGUUGCUGAAUGAGCAAAGCCAAGGUAAGCCCUUCCUCUUCACUGAAGCUCAAGGUAGCCCAUGGCAGUUGCAAGUCACACCAGCAGCGCCGCAGCCACUUCCACGACGCCGCUGUAAGUUAGGAGUGGACGCCUUGGAAGGGCGCUGGGUGCGCACCAGCAGUGGCUUGUGCAGUUGGGGGUGUCCUCGUGAUGGAUGGACCUUGGUGUCUAAGACCUGCCACUGGCAUGUCCACACUCCUGCUGAAGUUCACGAGAAGGUCACCAAGCCACUGUGGCUCGCGAUCUUAGGCAACUCGAUAAUGAGAGGAGCUUUGCAAGCCUUGGUGGACCAACUUGUGCCUGAAGCCUGGCAAAGCUUCGUGGGCAUAGAGGAUGCGCCGGGCAAAGGGACCAACGUCAAAUGUUGGGGAUGGUUAGACUUCGAAGUGGGCAACUUGCGUCUCUCAUUUCAAGACUAUCGCAUUUGGUUUUACACGGAGGAAAGGAACGUUGUGGCCUUUGAACGCUUGAAAAGAUUGAUUUGGGAAGGGCCUGAUCUCUUGGUCAUCCAGCAUGAUGGGCCUGACGUGACCAACGGUCAACCACCCUUCGUGUAUCAGCCUGUACUCACCUCUACGCUGCCGGCGUAUUUCAAGAAGAAGAAGAAAGGGAAAAUCAUUUUCGCGCUCUCGAAACUCUCCCCCUUCAUUUUCCCACUGUGCAACCCUCAAUGUUCAGACCGACAACGGCCGCAGAUCUGGAAUCGAAGCGUCGAAGAGCUCUUGGCGAAGCUUCCGCAAGAUCUGAGGAGCUCUGCGUUGGGCCGGGUCCUGGCGGUGGACGAGGCCUUCGUCUGCAUGCCGCUCUUUCUGGAUGGUGAGACCGAUCUCGCCCAGCGCAAGGGUUCCAAGCACUGGCACCGCUACGCCAACACCACAGGCCCUGGGCGCAAGGUCUUCGGCGCGGCGGCGGACGCCGCGGGGCAUUGGUACCUCGCCGAGCUACUGACCAUGGCAGGGGCACAUGGCGCAGGAAGUGCCGCAGGCGUCGGGAAUCUGAGCGCCAAAGCUUGCGCGCAGUGCCCACCGCAACUCUGCUGCCCCUUUCAGCCCGUGCCUGUGAAGCUCGAUCAUUCCCUGUCGGUGGUACGUGACAUGCCCCAGAUAAAGUCUUGGGCCGACUUGACCAUGCAAAGUUGUGGUCAGUUGAUUUAGUUGACCAGCGUUCUACGCCAAAUGCAAAAAACCUGAGGAGUCACACACUCC